UCAUUAGUUCCUCAAUGAUUAGUGUUGUCUUCCCAUUUUAGUACAGACUGUCUGGCUUUAUGCUCAAUCUAAUGCCUAUUUCCACUUUUAUAGUUUUUUUAUUUUACUCCCACACAGAGUCUCAACACAGGAUUUGUAUAAUUCAUAACAUUGUGAGGUAAAAACCUCUACCUAUUACAGUCUAUUUAACUAAUCGUCACUGAAUUUUUAAAGAGAGAUUUUUCCAUCAUAUUACAUAGUUGGUGAAAUAUGAUAAACAUUCUAUGUGUGGCAACAAGUCUUUAGGUUAAAGGCAUCGCAUUCUUUGAAUUUUUGGCAGAAAGUGAAAAAGAUAGUUCAGAGUCUCCCUUGACAUUCCGAACAAAGCCUUGCUAAAGUUUGGCAUCCAGAUAUGUCUUAGUAUGUCAAAGUAGCCACUAUGACUUAGAUAUAUCAAAGUAGCCAUUAUGACGCCUGCAGAAACCAUCAUAAAACAUUUUGCCACUACUGGCAAUGGCAUUCACUACACAUCAGCUCAGUGUGAAAAACAGCUGGAGGGUUCUGGCAUUGCUUUUUCUUCCUGUUUAAUUUGGAGUGUUUGGCUAGUUCGGAUUAGUGUGAUGUAAUCCAGCUAUCAAAAGAAUUAAAUAUGUGUAUUAAAUGCAGAAGAAACUCUUUAGCUUUGCUGAGACUUGCUGUGUCAACGUAACCUUUGUAGCAAAUAGAUUUGCUUGCGUUUGACCGCAUCCGCACCGCUGGGGUAUGACGUCAGAGACAGCAGCUUAUAUUAAGCAGAGAGAAACCGCUCCAAAACACACCCACUCACUCCUCCUCUACCCCGACCAUACACACACACUCUCUCUCUCUCUUUUUCUCUCUGUAACACACAAAGCGCGCCAUCAUCUCCAUCUGCUUUUACCCAGAACCUGAAACAGUGGGAAAAGGACGCGUGCGCGAGACUGUGCAUUAAGAGAACAGGUAUCACUUCCGCUGUCGGUUUAGCUGGAUUGCAUUUAUUUCCAAUGGAUCGGUCGCGGGGAAUCUGGGUGGAUCUGAAUCGUCCCUGCCGAUCUUAGCCGACAUGCACGGGGUCUCUGCUGACACCGGCCCGGCUUUAUCAUGCUGUUCAGACUCUUUGCGAGUAGGAGGAUGCGCUGGCUGGGAUGCUAUCGGCUGGGACCCAUGUGGAAAGCGCUGCUGGUGUUUGUGGUCAUUGCCUUUGCGGGCCAACUCCUGGGGGUCCUCUUCAAUAAAAGGUCAGAAAGCUGGGUGCAGCCGGAGCGGCCUCGUUCUCUGUUCUCUCUUUCCGAGAAUGGCCAGGGGCCUCCUCUGGGUUCCUGCAGGCCCCAAACACACAUCAUGUUCCUGAAAACCCACAAGACAGCCAGCAGCACCAUUCUCAACAUGCUGUACCGCUUUGGUGAGGAGCAGGGCCUGCACUUCGCCCUCCCAAUGGGCUACCAGUUUGGCUAUCCACUCCCCUUCAUAGCCCAGAGGGUCAAAGGGUACAGGGGUCCCCAUGUAGCCGAGUUUGACAUCAUGGGAAACCACAUGCGCUUUUAUAAGCCAGAGGUGGAGAAAGUCAUGCCUACAGAUACUUUCUAUUUUUCUAUUUUACGAGACCCUGUGGCAUUAGCUGAGUCCUCCUAUGCCUAUUACAAAAAUGUUGCCCCUGCCUUCCGACGUUCAAAGGGACUAGGCGACUUUGCAGAUAACCCAAACAAAUUCUACGAGCCCCGACUGCGCAACAACCACUAUGCCCGCAACCUGCUAUGGUUUGACUUUGGCCUUGAUCACAAUGCUAACUACUCCUUGGCUCUUGCAAAGCGGGGUGAAGCAGUAGUACGACGCAACUUUAAACUUAUCCUUCUGUCUGAGUACUUUGACCAGUCCAUGGUGCUGCUCAGACAUGCUCUCUGCUGGCCUCUGGAUGCUGUUGUGUCCUUUAGCCUGAAUGCCAGACAGCAGAUAUCCAAGAGCAGGUCAGGCUGGGUGGGGAAGGCAUCUGCUACAGCAUCUUUACAACUGACAGAAGAGCAGCGUCAGAAGCUGCGUGAGUGGAAUGCUCUGGACUGGCACCUGUACCAAGCCUUUAACAGCACUUUCUGGGAUAAGGUGGAGAGAUUCGGCCGAGAGAAGAUGGACACUGAGGUAACCUUAUUGAGGAGUAGACGUGAAGUUCUGGCACGCAUAUGCCUGCGUGACGGAGGCCGGCCGGUUGAAGCCAGCCGCAUUCGGGACAGGGCUAUUCGUCCCUUUCAGAGUGGCCUGGUGAAGAUUUUAGGGUAUGAGUUGCAGCCAGGUCUGGACAAUGCCACAAGGCAAGCCUGUCUGCGUAUGAUUAGGCCAGAGAUCCAGUACAAGGAUCUGUUGGAUCUCCGACAGUUUCCUCAUGCCCAGCAACAUCCAGGAGCAGCAGUGGCUGGAAACGCACUUGCUGUUAAGAAGGACUCGUCACUUCAUAGGACAGGACAGCAGGUCGGAGAAUCAUUAGAGAGGGAUUGGGAUGGAACCAUACUGGUCCGUAAUAAAUCCCAAGAACAUGUGGACAUUAAGGGAAAACUGAGAUAGUGAGUAUAAUAGCCACACUUGUUUUCCUGAUUUAUGGCUCCAUUGGGCCUCUGCACUAAACUACUCAGAGCCGGAGUUAGAUCCUGACUUGUAAUACUUGCUCGGCUUCUGAACUCCUCUUCAUCUUGCCCUUUUUAGGUAUCAUGCGUUAAGUCGUGACAUGGAUGUGUGUAAAGAGCACUGUAUUAAGGAUUGCAGUGGUACAAAUACAAUGCAACUGGCCCCAGUAUACAGCGGUGGAAAUGGUGCAUGCUGGGUGAUGUGAUGCAGUUCGUUUACAUUGUGGUGCAUGGUGUCGGUUUCUUCUGCUGCUUUUAAUUGAGCUGCGCUGGUACAAAAGCAUUUUGAAUGCUACCCAUUGUCACUCACUCCCACAAACACACUUUACAUUUUAUUUCACCCUCCUUCCCACACAGAGACAAUUUGGCAUUGAGCCACAUAGCACUUUUCAGAUUGACACUGCUUCUGUGCCUAGUGACAGCACUGAAAUAGAGCGUAAAGCCAUCGACUGGCAUACAAAUACCACUAAAGCAGAAUCGUAGUUCCCUUACUGUCUGGCACAAAUCUAGGAAAUAAAUGCAAAGAAAAUCAAUGGGUUUGGUUUGGGUGUCAGCAAUUGAUUUAUGAUUAGUAUACCACAGUAGCAGUUGGCUCUGUAGUGCAGGACUGCAGGAGGAAGGCACACUGUCUGGAAUAAUACAGCCCUUAUUUUUGCAUUGUUUACUAUAUCAGGACGUGUCAUGGUCAAGGCAUUUUAUAAUGCCACGCAUUAUAUAGGCUACAUAAAAUUUCUCCAGUUGAUGACACUGAAGAAACUUUGCAUAAAUGAAACGUGUACUUGGCUGUUUUCGGUCCAUCAGAUGGAUUAGGCUAUUCUGCUCACUGUAAUCUACCUCUUGGCUCCAGUCAGAGGUUAUUUUCUCUUAUUUAUAUUGCAGUUUUAAAUAUAUCUGUGUCAAAAAUGGUAUUUAUUUGUCAUUCCAGAUGAAUUUGAAUUAGAAUCAUUAGUAAAGGUUUAGGGUGUUUAAACAUUAGUGUAAUAUAAUCAAUGAUAUUAGUUCUGCCUUUCAGUGUUUCAGGGUUUUUUUUAAUGACAGUUAACUGAUACCACUUAACAGGUUGUAGGAUGUAGGUAGAUUUGUGCAUGAUUUUGCUGAGCUGGUUUUCUAGUGAAAUUGGGAGCGACUGAGAUGGUGAAUGUUAACCGAAUAUAAGAAAGCUAGAAUGUCCAGUAAUGAUCAAAUACAUAUCUGUGUCCAAAUCUAAGAUCCAAAAUUGAGUGAUUUUUGCCUUACUGUCUGAAACUAAUUGGAAGAGGGCUUGAUUAUUAAUGCUUGUUGUAGUCAUGCUUUUUUUUUCUUCUUCUAAAAAACUUAAUGUCAGUAAUGUAUUUCUAGUUUUUUGAAAAUCUUGUGGUAUGUAAAAUGAUGGUAUGUAAAUUUAGUAUGAAUUUGAUUGAAAUGCACCAUGUGGCUUGAUAAAGCUGAACAUAUUAAGGGGUUGUUCAGCUUCCGUGUUGAAAUUUAUGUUAAUUUUUUUCAGUUCAGGCAUAAUUAUUAAAGCAGAACACUCCAUGUGUAGUCAUUAUAAUUAUAGUAAGUGAUGAUGUGUAGUGUAUGUUGAAAUACUUUGUGCAUGUUUAUAAAUAGCACUCACUGACACCAGUGUUUAGUAGGAAUACAGAGUCAUCUCUGUUACUGUCACACAACAACAUCUUGAUUUUGUAUUUUGCUAUAUUUUCAAAAACAACUAUAAUAUCUAUAGAGGAAUGUGGGAGCCAGAGAAGAUCAAAACAAAACCAUUUCCAAUGUAAAAUCUGUUUGUUAUAGAAAUCUUUGUUUCUUUCAUACUCUAAAUCAAUAUUGUGUACUAAUGUUUUAUAAAAGAUGGCGAAUAGUAGAGGAGGAAUGAAAGUGUGUGCCAACCAAUACAGACACAUAUGCCAGCAUAUUGCAUGAUGGAAAUGAAGCUGAACACUAAUUAAGACCCCUUGGUCUCAACCAAAGCUUUGCAUCUUUAUAUUCACAGUUUUUACUGCAUAGAGACUGCGAUUUGUCAACCAGUCAAUAUACAAGCACCUAACAGACUUUAGGGGAUUGUAAGAAAGCAAUAUGAUUUGAUUUAGAUGUGUUGUAGCCUUUUUUAUCAAAUCUUGCUGAAAUUGUUGUUGUUGUUUUUUUUUUUUGACAAGACUAGAGGGCGCCUUCAGCUCAAUUUACCUGCGUCUAGCAGUUCAUAUUUGUUUUGUUCUGACAUGAUAGCAUUCCUAAAUAAAUAAUUAAAUAAAUAAUACAAGACGAAUGGCUUUGUAGACAAAAAAGGCCCUUAUUACUGGACUGCUGGUGUUUCCAUUAUUCUGUUUACGCCUGUAUUAGAUUCCGGCUCUGUCAUAAUUCAUCUCAAGAGUAGAUAAGUCGGUACACAAAGGAAAACUUGAAUUUACUUCUCUGAUGCUAUUUCAGUUAAUGGUACACCAAAGAGUUGCCGAUAUGUUUUAGUUAUAAAAAUACAGAACCUGUGACUGUGAAAAUUGUAGUCCUCAGCUAUAAUUGAGUUUUUGAAUUUUGUUUUUUGUUACUAGUGUAUCUGAAAAAAUAGCCCGUGUAAGGCACAGGAAGUUACAGAGUCAAUGGAAAUUAAGUACCAGAAUUUUACAUCUAUGCUGCAAAUUGAAUGUGAUACUGGCACUCUAUUUUACAUGAUCAAUACAGCAAAUAUUUCAUUUGAACCUUAGUAAUUUGUGUAUUAUAUUUAUUCUGUUUCUUUUUGUUACUUGAAUAUUGACAUUGGGUUAGAAAUAACUUUUCAAAAUACCUUUGUAAGUAUCUUGUCUUGGAUCUAUAGUUUACUUGUAUGUGGAUAAUUGGAAAAA